UCCUUCAUAAUUUCAAUAAAAACUGAUCGGGACUAAUGCGAUGGAUAAAGCUCCAGUUUCACUCAGAAGUGGACGGUUGUCGCACAAAAUCAUUGUGAGUGAUAAGAGGAAGUGCAUCAUGUCUAAGAGGAUGUUCAUGCUGCCUUUUAUAACUUUUGCAGAAAUGCUUGCGUCAUGACAGACGGAGGCCUUACAUUUUUUGGGAAGGUCUCUUUAUUAGCUUCUCUUGGAUCGUUUGCUCAAAAACACAGAAGCUUAUUCUUGUACUUUCCAAAACUGGCGAAACGUUAAUCACAAGGUACAUGCUUUACUUCUGCUUCUCGAACAAGUGAAGUGUUAUUAGCAUGACUCAAGAGGAGUCAGAAGACAAGUGGCUUCAAGGACCUCUGAUUUACGCCGGCAAGCCCUCGAGCAAUGAGUCUGUGUGCAGUUGUGCUGCUUUGUGUCGUGUUCAUCCAUCAAGUACGUGCCAGCGAGGAUGUAUAUAUUUCUGGUUACACUGGCCAAUCAGUCGUCCUGAAAUCUGGAGCGGACAGCUCAUGGAAACUCACCAGAGUUCAGUGGUCCAUUUAUCAGAACACCACAUUUAUUGCGGGUCUAAAGGAAGGCCAUGUGAUUAUAUACCAGUUUUGGAGACACCAGGGUCGACUUCAGCUUGACAACACAACAGGAGAUUUAACAAUCUGUAAUGUGACGGUGGAUGAUAGCAUGAUCUAUAACGUGGCUUUGGUCACAUCAGACGACACACGGAAACAAGUUAAAGUUCAUCUCUCAAUUCAAGAACCUCUCCAGAAACCAGUCAUCAAGAAGACGCUUCUUUCUCUCAGUGACAGUCAAUGCCAUGUUGGCCUUGAGUGCACUGCAUCUAACCAAAGUGUCAGUUUGUCCUGGAUGCCCGAUGGCGAGUUCAACGGAUCGUAUAUUUCAGGAAUCCCAAACGCUGUCGACUCACCGCUGGUUCUUUUCGCAUCAUUUAAUGGGAAAGUAAGCGUGACGUUCAACUGCACUGCCUCCAGUGAUCAACAGACAGUGACCAGACAAAUCACAGUGCAAUGUUCAGAGGAGAAGCUGAUGUGUGAAGUCUGCACCAUCUUCUGUUCAUGCGUUUCGUCUGUGAUGCUGAGUAUCGUGUUUACAGCUGCAGUCGUUUUGGUUUUAGCAUAUGCAUUCAAAAAUAAAGACACAAUUUCUGCUGCCUGCUCUGAAGGCCUCCACAAGUGUCCUACAGGAUAUACUGUCACACCACGGACUGAGACGUAAAGGACUAAGUUUUACUGCUGUACUUGUCCUGGACAUUUGUUUUUUGAAGCACCAGUUUCAGUCCAUCUUCCCGUGGAGUUCAAGGGAAAGCAGAUGUGGUGUAAGAAAAAGAAAACUUCAAUUUGCAACCAUUACCUGAUGGAAAGGAACAUAUGAUGUUAUCUUUGACUUUUUUUUUCCCGCUCUGUUUGACUUUUUCUUUUUUUGAAGUAGUUUCUUUUGAAAGCAAAUAAUGAGCGGAGGAUGUGACUGUUGGUUUGACCUCAUUGAAUGCGGUCUAUGAAAUGUGUCAUCAGUCACCUGUGUAAUGAUUGUUUCUGCUACUUCAGGCAACCUUUUCAAAGAUCUUCAAAAUCUGGGUCAAAGAUCUCAAGGCUUGAGCUCCUUCAUGCUACUGAAUGUUUUUUUAUCAAUAAACGUUUAAUUAUUGAUAGCCUUAUGCUACAAUUACAUAUUUAAAUUUUCAUGAAAACGCCAGUAUUUGUAUCUGUAUCAAUCACAAUAUUUUUUGUAUCUGCAUUCGGAUACAACGUCGUACGGUACUUGAUAAGACCGUUAUGGCGGUCUUAUUUUUCAUAGUUAUCACUGAACAAGUAUGCCGUGUUGAAAUAAAAUAAUUAUUAAUUUCUAAAAUAAUAUUUAUCAUGCAAGCAGAGAGAUGUCAUGACAAACGUUCAGGGAUCAUUCGAACACGACUGAAUCAAUUAAAUGCGCACAUUUUCAUUACAUUAACUCUUUAAGCGAGUCUUAAUGUUUAGUGAACUUCACUAAACAAAUGUGUGUGUGCCGCGCAAACCAGGAAAAGAAAAAAUUGCAAACAUGUAGGACAAAUAGAAAAUGUAUCCGCAUCUAAGUUGAUUAUUAGCCUGAGGGAACUGGUUUGGUUUUUGAAAGACUGUGACGCGUAGCACGGCUGUUUGAUUGGUGAGCGUGCUGUGCUUAUUUGAUUAAUUCGUAUCAUAUCAUAGCCUAAGCUUUAAAGCAUUGCCUUUUAAAUAUAUACAAUAAAACGUGUAUGAUGUAUUAUUAAAGGGGAUGUUAUUCUUGCAUGGAGAGGAACAGCAAUGCUGUUUUUGUUUUGCGUUCUUUUGACUCAUAAAGUUUACAUUCAUUCACUUCACAAUUGUGACUUUAGAGGUCUGUGUCUAAUAUUGCACUGAUCCCCUUACUCACCUGUUAUCUAGCAAACCCCGGACUGUGCGAGCUUCAUCCGAAUAUUCAGGCAUAAUUAUUCCUUGUCUGUGAUUCAUUUUUCAUGCCAUUCAGAAUAAGAUAUUUUUGCUUCAGGCACACCCCUAUUUACAUAUUUUAAUUUUACAUGUAAUAUAGAUAAGGUCAUAGAAAGUAACAGCUACAUGCAAUUUUGUAAUCUUAAAAUUCAGGUAGUAAUUGCAAACUAUUUGUACGCAUUAUGGUUAAUGCAUGCUCGACUAAUCGAUUGUUUCCGACAGCGCCGACUAGUGGUUGAAGUAGUCUAUGCAAGCCCUAGUUUGAAUGUAUGAUGCUUCUGGUACUAAUGUCCUUUAAAUCUUGACUCAUCAUGGCAGCUUUUUUAUUGAACAAAUUGUCUAGCCUCUUUGUUCAAAACGUGUGUGUCAAAUAUGUUUUCUUUGUCAUUUCUGGGUUGUUAUCAUGAAUUGUCAUUGUAUUCUGAGUAAUUAAACUUCUGUUUCCGUCUCGUCAA